AUGUUGGGACUGUUACCAGGUUAUUUAAGCAAGCUUCAUGCGAACCACGAUGAGGACUCAGUGGAUCGUAUCAACUACAUUUAUAGCAAUAUCCUCUUGCUGGCGUUCGCACUGCUUCUGACAGCUAAGAGCUAUAUUGGUAAACCGUUGCAGUGCUGGGUACCUGCACAGUUCAAGGGAGGCUGGGAAACAUAUAUUGAAAACCACUGUCUGAUUGAAAACACUUAUUUCGUACGCAUGGAUGAAAAUUUGCCCGAUGUGGGUUCUGAACGUCGAAUAAGAGAGCUGGCCUACUAUCAGUGGAUUCCUUUUAUUCUGAUUCUACAGGCCGCUUGUUGUUAUGCUCCUCGUCUCGUCUGGAAAGUGCUGAACUCAAGAAGUGGUAUCAAUCUGACUGCUUUCAUACCAAUGGCAUUGCCUACCAAGAAGGUUGGUGGCAAGAAGAUUUUGAAAGAUGUGAAUAUGGAUUAUUCACCACUCGUCGAAAGAAUUGGAAACCACGCCUCAUUGGCCAUAGACAAUCGUGUGAAAUUCGGAAUGUUUGUCACCAUUCUAUACAUGAUCGUCAAGUUUCUUUGGUUGAUCAAUGUGUUUGUGCAGUUUUGGAUACUUAAUAUCUUUCUCGGACCCCAGUACACGCUCUGGGGAAUUGGCAUCCUGAUUGAUCUCGUAAAUAAUCGUGAUUGGAGUGUUAGUGGACACUUCCCACGGGUCACUUUUUGUGAUGUGGAGGUAAGAGAGAUGGGUAACGUCCACAACUGGACAGUGCAGUGCGUUCUCAUGGUGAACAUGUUUGCCGAAAAAGUGUUUCUCUUCCUUUGUGAUGUUAAAAUUGAUGGAUUCAUCAAUUGCAUGCUUCGUAAGGAUGGUGUCACCAUACUGAGACUGAUUAGUGAUAAUUGUGGCGAUUUAGCUGUUGCUGAAAUUGUUUAUAAACUAUGGGACAUGUAUCAACAGAGAGCUCCAGAAAGGUUUAAAGCAAGCAGUGAUGGGGAAUCCUAUGUAAGUGAAGAAUCAGAUGCCGCAUAUGUGGACGAUUUCAAAAAGGAUUAUGAUGUUGGCUCAAUGAAUGAAUAG